AUGAGUUCAAAAAGACUAUAUUCUACAAUUGGUCCUUCAGUAUCAACCAUAAAAAACCAAAAUUUGGUCAAAACACAAGCAUUUGUCAAUGGGAAAUGGAUUAAUAGUUCAAGUGGUGAAACUUUUGAAGUUUCAGAUCCAGCAAAAUAUCCAAAAGAAGAAUCAAAACUUGCAACUGUUCAAUCAAUGACUGAAGAUGAUUAUAAAUCAGCAAUCCAAAAAGCAAAUGAAUCAUUUCAAAAAUUUAAAAAAGUUAGUGGAAGAGAAAGAUCAACUUUAUUAUAUAAAUUAUAUCAAUUAAUGCAUGAUAAUAAAGAAGAUUUAGCAAAAUUAGUUGUUUUAGAAAAUGGUAAACCUUAUGCUGAUGCAUUAGGUGAAGUUGUAUAUGCUGCUUCAUUUUUUCAAUGGUUUGCUGAAGAAGCACCAAGAGUAUCUAGUGAUUUAAUUCAAAGUGCUAACCCUGAAAAUCAAAUUUUAGCUAUAAGACAACCAAUUGGAGUAUGUGGUAUAUUAACACCUUGGAAUUUCCCCUUAGCUAUGAUUACAAGAAAAUUGGGUGCAGCUGUUGCAGCUGGGUGUACAACUGUAAUUAAACCAGCUUCAGAAACUCCAUUAGCAGCAUUAGCUCUUGCUCAAUUAAGUGAAGAAGCUGGGUUCCCACCUGGGGUUGUUAAUAUUUUACCAUCUCAUGAAUCUGCGAAAAUUGGUAAAUUAGUUUGUGAAGAUCCAAUUAUUAAAAAAGUAUCAUUUACUGGAUCAACAAAUGUUGGUAAAAUAUUAAUGAAACAACUGAGUUCAACUUUAAAAAAAUUAUCUUUAGAAUUAGGUGGUAAUGCACCUUUUAUUGUAUUUGAAGAUGCAGAUUUAGAAAAAGCUGUAACUGGUGCAAUUGCUUCAAAAUUUAGAUCAAGUGGUCAAACAUGUAUUUGUGCAAAUAGAUUGUUUGUUCAUGAAUCAAUAUAUGAUGAAUUUACUACUAAAUUUGUUGAAAAAUUAAAAAAAGAUGUUAAAUUAGGUAAUGGAUUAGAUGAAGGUGUAACUCAUGGACCUUUAAUUCAUGAUAGAUCUAUGGAAAAAGUUAGAGAACAUAUUGAAGAUGCAGUUGAUAAAGGUGCUAAAGUAUUAUUAGGAGGUGAUAAAAGACCAGAUUUAGGUGAAAAUUUUCAUGAUUUAACAGUAUUAGGUGAUGUAACUCCAAAAAUGUUAAUUUUUAAUGAAGAAACUUUUGGACCAGUUGCUCCAAUUAUUAAAUUUUCAACUGAAGAAGAAGUUAUAAAAUUAGCAAAUGAUACACCUGUAGGAUUAGCAGGAUACUUUUAUGCUAAGGAUUAUACUAGAUUAUUUAGAGUUGCAGAAGCUUUAGAAGUAGGUAUGGUAGGAGCAAAUACUGCUUUAAUUUCUGAAGCUGCUUUACCUUUCGGUGGAGUUAAAGAAAGUGGGUUCGGUAGAGAAGGAUCUAAAUUUGGAGUUGAAGAUUAUACAGUUAUAAAAGGUGUUGUUAUUGGUGGUAUUGAAUAG